AAAUUACUAAUGUCUGAAGACUCAAGUCAUAGUGGAGAGAUUUAUUCUUGAGAAUUUGAUGAAAAGGUCCCAUAUGCCUUUGAAAGUACAAGCACAGUCAGAUAUACGAAUAUUAGAAAUCUUGGAAAAGACAUUGCUGCUGAAAACCUACUUGAGAAAUUUGAGACAGAGAAAUAGACUAGAGGAAGGAAAGGAGCCUAUAGAAAUGAUAGAAGAAGCCAAUAAUCUCCAAAACACUAAUAAUGAUGGUUAUGAGGAAGGGAAGGAGAUCGUAGAGGAGUUACAACCUGAAGAAUCCUAUCAUGGCAAAUAAUGUUAGAUCCUCAUCUCACAACAAAAUAUCAACUAAAACCAACAGCAGGAAAAAGAAGAAAUAAAUCAAAAUUUGAUAGCGAGAAUAACAUUCUUUCAACUGAUGAGGAAGAUAAGAUGUUCGAGGUUGAUGAGAAGGAACCGUAUUCGACAAGAUAUUUGAAGGACCACCCUGACAGUAAUCCAAAGAGACCCAACCACGACGAGACGAAAUCUACUGAUAUGUUUGUCAAGAAAGUACCCACUUUCUUCGGCCUAGAAAAUAGUACUGAAGCUAUAGAAAGUGAUGAAGAGAUUGAAUCUGCUUAUACUGAACUAGCCAGGGAUCUCUUCCUUCAGAAGCUGGCGGGCAAAUCUUCUUGUGAUAAUGUCUACAACCAGAUGACAAAUGACUACAAAUUGAGAAGUGUCAUACAAAAAUAAAUAUGUUAAUAAGAAAAAGCAGCGAAAAAGAGUCAACAAAUUGGGAAGACCCAAGAGAAAAAAUGUAUGUGGUAGAGGCUACAGAGUCACAAGCAUAAAUUCACCCCAAGCAAGCUAUCUGAAGGACCAAGGAAAUUGGAAAAUAAGGACUCAUCAAAAUAUUGCGAAAUUUGAUAAUGGAUUUGAGCCGAUUAUUGAGGUUCCUCACGAUGAAUACGAUACUGGAUCAAGUCAAAAGAGAAAGGGUAAAAAGAAAUUAGUAGCAAAAAUAUCUAAAAGAUUACAUGGCCAGAAUGUAAGAAACUUCCGAAGGGAUUGAAUUUAUGAUGACCUCAAGAGUACUCUAGAGACAAAAGGUUUCCAAAGCCCAGAGCAACCUCCUAUCAAACUGAUGAGCAGCAGGUCAAAAAAGAUUUUGCAUAAUAGGUUGAAAAGCUCUAUUAUCAAUCAAUCAGAAGAAGGUUCCAAGAUGUCCAAGAUAUUAAAUACUCCUGUGCACGAGAGAUUAUUUGCUGAUCAUGAGAAUAGAAAGUUACGAAAACAAGCUAUAACUAAAGAAUCUCUAUGGAAAGGGCAAAAAUCCCAAAUAUAAAGAAGUCUCCAAUAGGAUCUCUCAGCACAUAUAGGUCUGUAGGAAACCUUGGGAUACCAGGGACUGACUCCAAGAUAAAAAUUUCUGAAAAUCUAAGGGUUGCUUUCAAUUCUUCCUCGGUAGAGAAGCCUCGCCAAAAGGCAAUGCCUAAAUCUAAGCGGGAUGUAGCAUCGAUGGUUAUUUCUAAUGAGAUUUCUAAUAAAUUGUACCAGGACGCACAAAGAAGACAAUCGCAGAAGUAUGAACGGAUCCUGAGUUCUAAAAAGAAGAGAGAUAAAUCCUUGUCCGUUCAGACUAAUGAAGUAUCUCAGAAGUAUUUGAUCAAGAGGUUUUUAGGGGAUUUCUCUAGAGCUAUCAAAUCACAAGAAAUAUUUAAAGAUUCUCUCAGUUAUCAUGAUACACAAGAGAUAGUCAAAGAAUUAGGAUUCAUGGCAUUUCAUAAUGAUCAUGAAUCCCAAAAGGAAAGAGUCUUGCUUUCAAAUCUUUGGAGAGCUCUGGGUGGGGACCAAAAACCUGUGAUUUCAGUCAAGGAUCUGAGAGUAUUUUUGGGAUCUGUAGAAGGCUUCAAGUUCGACCCUGAAGACCUUGAAGAUCAGGCUUUUGACUCCGUUCCUAGCAUAUCCAGGACUAAUCCUGCUAGAACAAUGGGUGCUCUCAACAAUGUAGAAAAUGAUGACUACCACACAAGAGAUUUAUUCUAUGAAAAUAUUACCAAAUCACAAAUAAAGAAGAUCCAAAAGAAAUACUUCUUAUUUGCAAGGAACCGAUCGAAUUAUCUCAGCUAUGAGAGUCACAGAAGACAGGCUGAGGAAAUAGCAAGAGAGACCGAGAUUAGUCAUCAGCCAAAUAUCGAUGAUAAUUCUAGGAAAUUAACUCAAGAUUUACAUCAGAACCUAAGCCAGAAUCAUAUCCCACACUAUGAGUUCUUGCUCUUCAAAGGAAGGGAGUAUGAAAGGAGCAAGAAUGAGUCGAUAACUAUUAAGGAGAAGAAGGCACAUAGUAAAUGCACUUUUUAUCCAGAUGUCAGCAUGACAACCAGUUUUUAUACAAAAUAUAAGGAUAAAAUUAAUGAUAAUAGCAGAAAUUCUAAGUCAAAUCUUAGUAAACAAGUUAAUACAGCAACUUUGGAGGAUACCACUGAGAAAUUAGAGGUGGGAAAUGUGGAGAAGAGGGGAAUGAGAGGGUCUCCAAUUGGCUUGAAUAAUUUCUCAGCUAUUCCUUCUCAGAAAUUGCUCAGCAAGAAGUAUCAAACUAGUAAAAAUAAGGAUCAUGACUCUAAUAAAGGCAGCAGGUCUUAUAGAAAAUAUAAAAAAUUACAGAAGUUCUCGAAUAUUAAGAGCCAAAAGUCAGAUGUUUAUCAAGUCUCCUAUAGUAGUUCCAAUGUGACCCCAUCGCAACAAAUGCAAAAGGGAGGAAAUCUUGAUGAAAGUCCAAUUGUCAUAUCAGAAUCUAAGCUUCCUAGCGGAAGCUUGUCUCGUCGUAGAAGAAAUCACAGGAAUCAAGAUCCAGGGUCCUCAACAGGUAAAGAGAGUCAGUUUUCAACUUCUGAGAAGAAGGGGCCUAUCAACCCUCUUGAGGAAAACACCUCUGAAGAGAACUACGAUGAGGAAAUCAAAGGCAGACACAAUGGGCUCUCCAGAGAAAAUAGACAUGCUCCUUGCCCAAAAUAGGAAGGAAUAUCUAGAAGAUUCAUCCCUCGACUCAUUUAAGAAGAAUGAAGAGCUAGCACAGGAAGAGGUCCUCCGAGAAUCAGCAGAAUAUAUUGAAAAUCUGAAUGAUUUCCCACCCAAAAGAUAUCCUAUUUUGUUCGUGGAUGUCAACUUGGGAGAAGACCAAGUCGAAAGACUCACUGUAUUAGAAGGAGACACCUCUAGAGAAGUAGCUGAGAAGUUCUGUCAUGAGCACGGGCUCAAUAUUAAACUCUGAGAAAAGCUUGAACAAAUGCUGGAUGACCAGAUGAAGGGAAUCUUGACAAAGAUAAAUGAGGAAGAAGAACAGGGACCUGACUUCUCCCCUCGUGAAUAA